UCGACCUCUGGUUACAAUAAGUCGCCUACCUAAGUAUUCCAUAUAAAAUAAGGCACCACAUAGAAAAAAAGUAGUAUUGCGUUUUGUUAUAUGGAAUAUGGACUACCGACUGACUGUGAUCACUGCGCUCCUACACGUGUCCCUCCUCUGCAUGGGGAUGGGCGAUUUCCGUACAAGUAACACAACAGCACUUAACUCAACAAGUAAGGAAACAGUUCCCGCAAACACAACACAAAAUUCUCCAUUUCCAGAGAAAAUUUUCUGCGACUCCUACACGGAAUGGACAACUUGGUCAAACUGUAACCGAAACUGUAUGCAGACGCGUAUGCGCAAGUGUCGGAAGAAAGAUACGUGCGGAAAAUCGAGAUUUAAAGAAAAACAACCAUGCAAGCACCGUUCUCGCAAAUGCCCCAACCAUUCAUUUAAAAUCAUUGGUUCUAGUAUACGUAACAGGAGGAUUGAGGAUCGUUUGUAUGACAUUUUCUACCAUCCCUGGACAGCGUGGACAGUAUGUAAUAGUGAUUGCAAAACAAGGCGACGCCGGAAGUGCAAAACUGAUAUCUGUACAGGAGGCUUUUUAGAGGAGGAAAAAUCCUGCGAGAAUACCUCGAAGUGUAACAAGAUAAUGUCGCUUCAUGUGAAAAAUCAACCUCAACACAGACAAGAAAAACUUAAAAGUUUAAGGGUUUUAAACAGUAUCUGUGGAAUUAAAUCUAAUGCAAGAUCCCUUCGAAUAGUGGGAGGACACGAGAGCAUUCCACAUAGUUGGCCAUGGCAGGUAGAGAUUUUGACGAAAAGAAAGAAACAUUUUUGUGGUGGAACGCUGAUUUCUCCUCACUGGGUAUUGACAGCUGCACACUGUAUUGCUAAAAAGGGACGGAAGCGGAAGAUGUUCGUACGGGUUGGUGAACAUGACACAGGUGUGCGUGAAGGAACAGAAAAAGACAUCAGUGUCAGCCGAUAUCUGCCACAUCCAAAAUUUAACUAUAUACUAGUGGCAAAUGACAUAGCUCUUCUCAAACUCUCAAAAGCUGUAUAUGAAUCAAACAGCACGGGGUAUGCUUGCUUACCGAAAAAGAACAAGAGAUCCAGGGUGAGACCGGGGACUUUAUGUAGUACUCUUGGUUGGGGUAAAACAAAUAUCACAGCGCUCCAAUACAAUAAAGCGUUGCAUGAAGUCCAGGUUCCGAUAGUUAAGAAAAAGAAGUGCAGAAAAGCAUUUUCCUUCAGAGUGACGAGCUCCCAGUUGUGUGCUGGCUACUCCAAGGGUAAAAAAGACGCUUGUACAGGCGAUAGUGGUGGACCAUUGCUAUGUCGUAUACCACGUGCACGUGGUCACUAUGGCCAGAGAUGGUACGUUAGUGGGGUAACUAGUUAUGGUGAAGGUUGUGGACAGAAGCGGAAGUUUGGGAUUUACACAGACGUCAGUAAAUUCUAUCGGUGGAUUGUUAAAAAUAUUUCGAAAGACCUGUAGUGUGAAAAUGAUCUAUUGUAAAUAAGUCCGGUAUGCAUAUGGUAGAUUCAUGAUCACAUAUCACGUGACUAAAAGUCCGUGAUGUAUGGCUUGUAGGUCAUCAAAUGAAAAGGUAUUUUUCUUCAUAUUUUAACUUUCAAACGGGAAAACACAGCUGUUUAAAGAUUCUAAAUUGUUAAAUAACUUUUAAUGUUUCUUUACUAACGUUACAAGGUGUUUGGGUGUUUGCAUACCUGUACAGCCACCAUGCAGUUCUACCGAGGAAAUGAGAUAUCAAAACUUUUAAUUUUGAUUGUCACGCAGGCUGUCUGCCAUGAAACUCACCAAUAUUAGCAACUGUGAAACAGAAAACGUUUCAUCUGCGUCGCUUGUAAAUAUACAUAUAUAUGCUGCCAUUGUGGUCAUUGUAACGGUAGUUAUCGUGUGUAAAUAGUUCAUUCCUGUCUCCAUGUUCCUCGAUGAUGUCUUAUAUCGAUAAUUGGGCGAAUAACUGAAUUUUGUACAUAAGCAAAGAAUAGGUUGUCAUUCCAGUUCUCUCUGAAUACUUUGACGGAGGCCAGCUUUUCAAACUGUUGAUAUGCGAUUGUGUUCAGUUAUACACUUUCUAGAACUUUCGUAGAAGUCACUGCUCGUGAAGAACAAGGGUCCCGAGGCACUGAUGGCAGUCAGGCAAAACCUUGUAUUUUAAUAAGGAAGAUUCACAGAGUGGAACAGAAUAUGUCACCACUCUCUAGCUAUUGUGUCACAAAAUGAAACUAUCAUUCAUCCAAAAGACGCAAAAGAAGGUUUUAAAGAUUAAGAAUAACUUCCAGCCCUGGCUUGACAGUGAUCUAGCUUAGAGAAGUUUUUAUACGCCAGUCUUUAGACGGGACGUAUUAUUGUACAGUGAUGUAUGUACGUCCGUCCGUCUGUUUGGGAUUUUCUGUUUCUAAUUUCAUUUCUCUGUCACAUAUCAAGCUGAAACUUGUUUUGUGGAUCACUCUAGAUCAUGUUGCAAUUUUGAUCCAUUUCGACCUCUCUUGUAGGAGUUAGCCCCUUUAUUUAAAAAUUAUUGUUAUAUGGAGGGUACAUGAUUUGUCCGGUUAACCCUCCCACAGUUUUCAAGCGAGAACCUUAUUUUACAGAGUAUUUGUAUGGAUAUUGAAGAUGUGCUUGUGACAAGGGUUUUGAUUUUCUUGAAGUUUUGAAAGAAUUACAAGUUGUUGAACUUAGUCCGUUUUGAGGAAAUAUAUUAGAUAAAGGGCAUGUUUUGUCCUUCUAACUCCUCUCACCGUUUAGAAGCUAGGGUCUUUGUAAAUAACUUGAAGAUGUGCAUAAUGCAAGGAUUUUGAUUCUCACAACAAAUUAAAAUUUUCUUUGAUGUUUUGAAUAUUUACAGGUUGUUGAACUUGGUCAAAUUUGGGGAAAUAUUUUACACACAAAACUCUUUGUUUGUCUAUCUACCUCUUGUCACAGCUAAGACCCUUUAUUCAUUCAAUGUAAAGAAAGUAUGUCACAAGCUGAUGAUGGCUGAUACUACCUGAAGCAAAAUUCUACAAAUUAUGGCAUAAGAAAAACACCCUAUAUACUAUUAAGCAUUUUCACGGGCGUAUUAUGUACCGUUUGUGGUACUCUUGUUAAGUUAUCCAAUAUGACAUUUCAAUCAAAAGGGAAAAUAUAGAGUUUCACAGUGUAAUAGAUGCAAAAGUAUUUGAUUCAGUAAAGAAAAGAGUGUGAUAGAACCCCCUAAGGGUUCGUGUGUAUUGUAUUGUGUACAUGGUGCACAUGCAUACGCCGUGUCAAACCGUUUAAUGUGUAGUGACUUCCUUCGUGCAUAGUAUAUUGUAAUGCUAGCCAUUUCCUCAUGUAUGCGAUGCAGUUGAAUUUUUAUGAAUAUAUCUAUUUCAACGGCUUGGAAUUCCGACAGAAAUAAAAUAUAAAACGUAUAUUUAAUUUUUGAAAAUAUCCAAAGGUAUGAACUGCAUCGCCUCUACACCUGCUUAUUUUUCACAAAGUGCUAACGCGCUGCACGGAGCACCCCAGCAUGAAGCGUCGCAUUUCAUACCCUCAUGUAUUUUCAAAAAUCAUAUAGAUAAUUCAUUCCCCAUUUAUUGUAACCAAUUUGUUCAGAGUGGAUCUCAUUUCUAUGAUAAUAUUACGGUAUUCUGAAACGAAUUGUUCCCAUUAUGCAGUAUCGUAAAAUCAUACAUUAGUGAUGAUGUAUUUCAUAACCACUUAUAUUUUGAUAUGAUUACAUUGUACAAAAUACAUGCAUUCCUUUAUCUAAUAUUACGCAGAUUUGUAAAUGCUUUACAAUCCAUGACGGAUUUUUUCUCAGGGUGCAGACGUUGUUGUCAUUG